UGAGCCCCCCCCCCCCCCUUUCAUGAUAUCAAGGCAAUCUUCAUGAAUGCUUUCAACAGUCACCUGGAGAUUGAUGCCAAUUCUUGGAGACUCCAGUCCAGGCCUAUCCUGGAGGGCUGGCAACCCUAGCUGAGCAAUUGUGGGAGGGGCUAAUGCCUUCAAAUCAUGCCUUGCUUGUGGGCUUCUUAGAGGCAUCUGGUUGACCACUGUGGGAAUCGGGGAUGCUCAACUAGAAUGACCCUUAGUCUGAUCCAGAAGAGCUCUUCGUAUGUUCUUGUCCCUUCAUUGAUUAUUCCUAUCCUAUGUUGCAGAAAAUCUAAGAUAGAAGAGCAAAUGUUAUCAUUAUCCAUUGCAAACCCCUCAACCCUGCUUCCCUUCUCCCUCUCCCCUCUCGGGGGGGGGUAUGAACUGCCUCAUGACUAUUUAUCUCUAAGUAAUGCCUUGAUUGAUUACUCUUUGCAGAAGGCUGAUCUGAUCUUCUAUGUUGAUGGUUCCUGUCUCUGUGAUGAACGAGGCGCGUUGUGUACUGGUUAAGCUGUCUAAUUAUUUCUCUGUGCUUGAGGUUUUUUCUUUAUCCACUCAUAUGAGCACCCCAACUGCCUAGCUGAUAGUUUUUACCUGUGCUUGCACACUUGCUGUUGACAGAUGCACUAUUGUGCAUCUGUCAGUCGUUAUGCUUUUUCAGACACUGACAGUCGUUAUGCUUUUGGGGUUGCUUCUGGAGAGAAAGGGGACUCCUUGCUUUGGAGGGGACCCUGAUCUCCCAUGCUGAAAUUAUCUGUGAACGUUUGCAGGCUAUCCUUCUAUUUACAACCCUGGCUAUUGUACUUUGCCACCCUCACACUUCUGCUACUGAUUUGGAUUGGCUGCUUCAUGUAAACCACAUAAACCCCAAGGGCCAACACCCCUGCUUCAAGAGGACUCACCCAGCCUUCAGCAGGCAACCUCGGAGGGGGAAUGGGAACUCUGCCUACAAGCCGGCUGCAGUCAGGAUGCCCAAGCCGUCUGGCACCACCCAGAUGGCUGCCCUAUGGCCCCUGGGAGCUGGCUAAACGUUUUGUUCAUGUGAGGGGGGAUUGUUAGUAAUUGAGUAAUUUGUAUACUUUUUGGUUUGUAUAAUUUUUUGGUUGGCUCCUUUUGCAAGCAUUUAAGCCCAGCAGAUCUGCCAGUCUUGUUACUCCAAGAUUUGGACUUCCUCGGGUACCUGGACUUAAAGACUAUGCUGGCUAAAGUGAUGCGAGACUCUAAACUGUCCUCUGCAGAUGGCUUACCCUGCGUCCCGAUGUCUAUCAGAAAUGGCAGAAAUGGCUCGAGGGAGGAGAGAAAUGGGCAUACUCCUCACGGGCCAGUGAGGGGGAACCUGUGAGGGCCAGUGAGGGUGGGAAUGGAGCCUCCCACCAAACCUAUCAGGGAAAGUCUGGUGCAACUGGACACUGACAUAGUUCAAUAUUGUGUGACCCUCACUAAUGUGUUUGAGUCUCUUAACAGGCGUGUGAAGGCGGCCCAGUCUGGACCUGCAAUUGGAGCCUGUCACGCCCUCCAGUCCAGCCCGGACAUUGGGUCCUCAUCAAAGAGUUUUGGGAGGAAGAACUGUCUUUCCCCAAGAAAGACGGGUCCUUUCCAGAUUUUGUUGGUGAACCAAACGGCAGUCAAGUGUGAGGAAAAGAAUGCCUGGAUCCAUACGUUUCACUGCAGAAAAGUGACCCGAGAGGAUCCUCCAAGGGGGUCAGCCCCAUUCCCAGAAAAUGGGUCGAUGGCUUAGCUGGUCGCGUUAACUGAUAGCUACAGCCCACCCAGAAAACCCCACUGACACGGCCACCAGGUCCUGUGCUGACAACCUGCCCAUCUGUUGAGCUACCCCCGGCGUAAGCUGUUGGCUCAGUUUCGGCUAGAGCAAGUGUAUUUCCACAGGUGAAGGCCCCACAAUGGUUCCAGUUGGGAGAGUGGCUUGGUGGAGUUUUCCUGAUGUUGGCGAUGGGAGUACUGCUAUUGGCCUUGCUGUUUUGGCCCGGACUGUGGUGAGACCUAUGUCAGUCAGGUGGGAGGCUAACCUUUGGGGUGGCUACUGUGAACGUGACUGCUGCUGCUGCCAAUCUCUCUGAUUGCUGGGUGUGCAACCAUAUCCCUGGAUGUGGGACGGUAGCCAGUCACUUUGGGUGUGGUGGCACAAGAACAUCAGUGGCAGUACGAGAACUCUUCAUCCUUACUGAAGUCCGGGGUGGAACAUUCCCUUGGAUCCCGGCCCCUGUCAGCCAGCUCGAUCAGGGUGCAAGGCAGACCUUUCCUUUGUGUUCAGAACUAUUGGGACUCUGGGGGAGUCAUAUUCACAGAAGCUUGCAGGUUUCCUGAGAGAGUGAAGGUAUAAAAGAAGGGACUGCAGUACCCAUAACAGCUAGAGAGACACUCUAGUUUGGAGAAGCUGAAUAGCAUUUUCUCAAUUUCCUGGGACACACUGACAGAAAAUUCUGAACAGCAAGACAGAGUUUGCAGGACAGAAAAGACAUUGUUACUGAAGAGAACUAUUGCCCCAGAAGGCUGAAGAAUGCUGGACAGAGCUAUUUUCCUCCUGUUCCUCCAUUUUGUCAUGUGUUCCCUCUCUUCUCCUCUUUAUCCAGCACUCAGGUAUAGUCCACUACCCAUCACUGGCAAGGUGGUGAGUUUCCAGCUCCAAGAAAGUGGGCCAGUACAGAGCCAUAAUCUCUCGGUCGAAGAACAGGAGGAGGGGAACUUCCUCACUGACUCUGCAGAGAAAAGGAUGCAGCGUCAUGCAGAUGCUAUAUUCACGGAUCAUUAUCGGAAAGUUCUCUCCGCUCAGAAGAUCUUGCAGGGCAUUUAUGGAAAAAGACUUGGGGCAGGAAGCCCAAGAGAUGAGGAACAUGGAUUCUUGACCAGGCGCCAAUCUGACAGCAUCCUUAUGGACAGUCGCUACCAGCAGCAGAUGGUACUGAAAAAUUUCCUGGGAGCUAUGUUGCAGAACCAAAGACCUCAAGAUGUCAACAGCCACCAUUUAGAUAAUUUUGUCAGUGUCCUGUCCAAGCUCAUGGAACUGUAAAUAAGCACCCCUUCUUUCCACUGUGCUCUGGUUGGUACCAUUCUCCCAGUGUUCAGCUUUGCAGGCCCUUCUGUCUUUGAAGCAGUAUAAUGAAACAAACUGGCAUGCACCAAAUACAGUCUAGAAUGCCAUCCCUUAUGGCAGACAGUGAUUAGGAAAACAGAAACAAACCUAAUGGAACUUAUAUUUCCCAUAUUUUUACUACGGCUAGAUUGCCAAUACUCAGAAUAUUAAUAAAGUAGAAAUACAGAAGCUUAUUUUUAACCAUCCACAUGCCUGAUUGACAAACUGAAGAAAAAUGAUCAAAUUUGAACUCUGUUCUUCUGAGAAGUUUGUGUUUCUACACAAAUUGGGAUUCAGUGAGCAAUUAAAUGUUUGAUGCUCAAGUUUUGUGUGUGAAACUAGCCAUUUGGAGGAACAUCAACAUGCUAAUGCUAAAAUUAUUUGCUUAUUGCAUAGUUAGGGUUAUACCUAUAAAAUGCUUCACUACACUUAAUUCAUUUUAUUCUUCCAUGGCUCCAAUGUUCUCCUCUGUUCUCGUUUUUGUUGAUAGUGAAGAAAAUUGUACUGCCAAGAUCAGGAGCCCGAAUCACUAAGCACUGCAACUGGAAAACAUUUGUCUGUCCCAUGCAACAAGCUAGCAUGGAGUGUGCUUUGUCAAGUUUGCAGAAGAAAUCUGUACUGAA